GCGAAAAAAAUACUUUAUUUUUAUUAUUUUUAUUUUAUAUUUUAGUUAUCCUAAAAGAUUCCGAAUAAAUUUUGUAAAAUGAUCAGUCUAUUACAGGUGGGUCACAGUGUAGGCGACAAAACCUCUAUAAAACGCACCUCUAUAGAAAAAAACAAAUCGAUUUGGGUUUAAAACUUUUAAUUAAACCGUCAUCUUUGACCAUUCAUAUCAACAAAUUAUUACCUAUACGUAUUAUAAUUUUCCGAAUUUUCAAAUGAAAUCGAAUAAACUUUUGUCAUCAAGUAAUAUUUAUAUAAUUAGAAUAUAAAUGCAAUUUAGAGAAUACAUACGUAACUUUUUUUCAGUACGAUAUCCAUAACUAUUUGAUAUAUUAUACGGUCUAUUGUGAUACUCCUUCGAUAUUUUAAUGAUAAGCUAAUUAUCUUGUUACGAUCGUAGAGUAAAAUUGCGCAGAUUAUCGCGAGAUUAUGUAAAUUUAAUCACUAUACUAUUAUGUUAAUUUUCUGACCAUUUAUUUUUUUUAGAUCGCUGCGGUCGUUCUAGCUGCACAGAUGACACUGACAAUGGCCGACCACCAAGCCACUUCAUUCGCCUACUACCAUCCAAUAUUCCAUCACACCAAACAUCACGGACACGACUACUACGUACGUACAAACGGUUAUUUACAUAAUUGUCUACGCUAAUAUCGUUAUACGAUAAUAACUAUCGCAAAGACCAGUGCACCAACAAGGCAGGUCCAAAAUUGCAUUUUAAUAGUUUCGAGUAGAACAAUAAAAGCCACAUAAUUUGAUGCAAAAAUAAUACGAGUUCGUUUUAUAGUUACGGAAAUAUUAAUCUAUAAAGAUAUGCCAGGUUCAUCCAAAUUCUGAGCAAAUUGAAACCAAGUUCUAUACAUAUGUAAAUGGUUUUGUUUUUUUCCUAAAUAAUUUCGAAAACUAUUCUUUAUAACUAGUUUUUGCACCGAGUUCUUCAAUUAUAAUAUAGUAGCUGGAAUAUGAUUUCACCAUACAUUUUAUUGAUAAGUAAUCGAAUUUUUUAAAUACGAUCAUAUAUUGUAUGUGGUACGUUUAAAAUAUUCAUGUUUUUUUGCACCUGAUUUCGUGAUGCGAUCAGAUCAUCCCCACUAGUAGAACAAUUGGUUUUUGAAUAAGGAGGUGCCUAUUUUUUAUGCGAGAAAUUCGGUGGAUAGUAGAAUUUUAUUAUAGGACGGUAAUGAUUACGUAUUAUCCCAUUCAGUAUACGAAAGACUUAAGGGGAUCAUAUUAUAUCUAAGGAGAAUAGUUUACUAUAUCCCAGAAAUUUCGAAUAUCGUUAAGACCGUGACCCGGGAUCCACCAGUUCAUCCCUGCAACGAAUUAACCGUAAUAAUAACUGUUCAUCGUUUUUUUUAACCGAAUUUGUCUCCGUCACAGUCACCGCCCAAGUACGAAUUCAAGUACGGCGUUCACGAUCCGCACACAAAGGACGAGAAAAACCAAUGGGAGAAACGUCACGAAGACGUCGUACACGGUGGCUACAGCUUUGUCCAGCCAGAUGGCCGCAUUCGGAAGGUGACGUACACGGCCGACAAGCACAACGGCUUCAACGCGCACGUCCACUACGAACACCACGCUCAACACCCCCAACACUACGACCAUCACCACCAGGAUUCGUGAACUUCGCCG